AUGGAAGAAAAUCUCAGCCUGCUCCUUCUCGGGGAGCCUCACAUCGCGCAUGCCCUUUGCUCCUUGAGCCUGAAGAACAUCUUUGCUGUCCGAUGCUGUCACCGCUCACUCAACCAACUAGUUUGUGGCGGUCCAGCUUGCGCCGGCAGCAAGCUCCUUCUUCAUCACUCCUCCCUUGGCUCCUACCUCGGCCGAAUUGACUCCGAUCCGGGUUUCUUGACGAGUUGGCUUGCAGCCAACCUUUUGCAGUGGGCCAGAAUGGACCAGAUUCCAGUGAUGCAGAACGUCAACCUACAGACGCGACAAGGCGAUGCAGGCCCCACAAGCAUCUCACGCCGCUUCGUGCAGCUCAACAGCGAGCUGGCGCGCAUGCUCGCGUUUGCCAGCCUGAAGCAGACCAGGUUUUCCGGCACAGCUGCUGAGCAUGCAGCGCUGCACGAGCUCGUUGUGCAGCUGCCCCAGACCGUGUCGUGGAAUGACUGCCGCUAUUAUGACGCCUCCGCCACCACGCGCGAGCGGAAGGGCGGCGGAGGCCGGUGCAAGGCGGAGCACCAUUGGAUUUGCCAGAAGUAUGGUGUCGCACUCACCAUCAAAACGAAGAUGGGAGACUUGAUUGUGAACUUUGUGGCCAGCCAUGAGCUGACCGAGGUGGUAGAGGAGCGGAUGGUGUACUGUCUGCUCACCCUACCGGGCCUCGACGAAGACGAGUGCGAGGUGCCACUGUUUCGCUCAAGCUCCGAGCGCUGGAUUGAAGAGAAGAAUUUCUCUCGAGCAUGUCCGGUCUUGAAUACAGAGGCCCUGAGCCAACUGCAGAACCUCCUUUGCGACGGUUUGUGCAGCAACUCCCUGGUCCUGGGAAUUCUCUUCCGCCUGCUCAGUGCGCCGGUGGCAGCGUGGGACAUGGACAACUUCAGGGCCUUGGAAGGCGGCAAUGUGGACAAGGGCCUCGGGCGUGUCAACUUCGAGGACCGCCCAACGCUGCUGUGGCUCCGUGAAGAAUUCGGCAUUUUUGCAGACAGCGUCUCUGGCAACAAAUCUCCUGCAGCCUCGCUUGGUGUCUGUCCGUUGGACGAGCCACAGACCUUGCAAGCACUGACGCGGUUCCUGUGCACCACUGCAUGA